CACAGCGUCUUGUGACCAGUCUAUGCUUGUGACUCUACUCUGUAGGGCGGAGCUCGUUACCGUGCCGACACAGAAAUUACCGUGGCAACCACAGAAAUUCUGUCACGUGAAAACUAAGGCUGUGUGAUGUCAUAAUGCCAGAUUGUUGAAUCUUGAGUCAAACUAACCCAGAGGCAACACAUCGCUCAAAUACAGAGGACCAAACCAUCAGCUGGAUAUCACAGUCUUUGAUUUCACACAGGAGAUCAAGAUGGAAGUAACCCAGACAUACAGAGGUGAAGAUGUGGAAGCUUACAUUACUAAAUUGGAGAAAAAAAGAAAACACCAGGAGGUGACACUUCAAUUUUUGGAUGAACAAAUUGAGAGAAAGAAUGCCAUUCAAAAUGAAAGUACCGAGCUUAGACGUGAGCUUGCAAACAUAGAAAGGAAUAAAAACAACUUAAAAAACGCAAAGAGGGAAUUCAGUCAACUUGAGAAGCAGCUGAUUGUGAAAAAUGAUGCAGCUGAAAGGUCCAAGAAAAAUUUGGAAGUUUACAAAACACAGGCGAAAAAGCAAAGGGAGGAGAAGGAAAGAAAAAUCCAGAAAAAGAUUACUCGCAUCAAAGAAACACGCUGUGCUUUGGAAAAAGAUUACAAGCACCUGGAACAGACCAGUAACGUGAAGGAGACAGGGCUCAAGCAGGAGAUCAAUGUCCUGGAUCUUACAGUAGAGAAACUUACAAAGACAAACAGCAAUCUGGAGGAAAAUCAGAUCACUGCUAGUCUAAAAACUGAUGCAGAAAUAGAAAAGUUACUUCUGGAAGAGGAUAAAAGAUAUGAUGAACUGAAAAAACAGCUGGAGCAAGAGAGAGGCUGCAUACUCAAAGACCCUACAAUAAUUUGCAUUCAACUUCCGGACUCAAAGUCUGAUUUACACACGAAAAAUAAGAAGUUACAUGUCAACUUUGUUUCUAAGACCAUCCUUCUGGCCGACCAGUCUCGACUGCUGCAGAAUAAAGAUAAAGAAAUCUAUGCCCUGGAGAAGCAGUGUGAGGAGCUGCAGCACGAGGACUCAAAGCUCCAAACAUCUGAGGAGACACAGUUGAUUCCAGUGGAGCAGUGGGAGAACAGACAGCUGAGGGCAAAGGUUAAGGCCCUGACAGCUUCUAAUACUGCAUUACAAAACAAAUAUGAAGAGGACCAGCGUGUAAUUAAGGAGAUGUCUAUUGAGCUACCUAUCAUCAGAAAGCGGUACAUAAGAGAGAAAAUGCACAACCAAGAGCUUGGUGAGGCCUUGAUGAUGAUUGAAGGUACACAUCAGCCUGGAGAAGAAUCCGCCGCCGCCGCCCAGGUCCCACACUUUGGGAUGCAAAGGGUCAAACAGUGCCAUGCCAAGACGCUUGGUCUGGUCGGCCUUCCCCUCAGCUCCAGAAAGCCCAAGUUUGACUCCAAAGUUAUUCCACGUCCAGUAAACAAAAAAUAUGACAAACUAGUCCAACCCCAAGUGACAAGAAUGCGCAUCCCUUCGGCCAACAGGAAAUUGGGUGGAAAACCACCGCCCCUUCUUGACAAGUGCCAACAGGAGCAGCAUAAAUCCUUAAAGUUUAAACUGUUCUUAACCGAAACAGAAUGUUACCGGGAACAAAACUGACAGCCCCAUCCCAAAGAUCUAUUAAAGGGGGCUGAUAUCUGUGUGGCAGCCAGGCAGCUGGAGGGACCGUCAGCUGUAGGAUCUCUAAUCCUCCAUAAAACACUGACUGACAGCAGAGACAGCUGCCUGCCUGAUCUGCUCUGCUCUCCCCGGUCCUGCUGAUGAAAAUGUUCCAAAGCAGAGAGCCAGAAGAAAAGCAGACGAUGAUGGACGUACGUACGGGAUGCGUCGUCGUCAU